GAUACAUACGACCAUAGGACGCUGAAUCCAAGGCUUCCCGUUCGCUCAGCCAUAUUUAAGCAGCGUACCGGCGGAUUAGUAGUUAGGUGGGUGACCACUAGCGAAUACCCGCUGUUGUAUGUUUUGUUUUUGUCUUUUGCUUCUUUUUUGCUCCUGUCGAAAAGUGUUAAUAGAAGAAAGAGCAGGUAUGCACCCAAGUACAGAGCUAGAUGCACCACGCAGAAGUUCCCUGCGAAAGCGCCGCUUUUUCAAGAACCAACUUCCUGGUGCGCAUCAACAACGCCGAGCGCAAAUCGCAGCUCCAGGGAAGCCCCGCAAUAUCAACACUAG